AUGUCUCCUCUCUCUCCUGCCUUCCUUUUUCUUCUGGCGACUUUUCUCGCCGCCGAUGGCACCUUGGCCACUGCAAUUACAAGGCGUACCAGUAGCAUUCAAUGGGUGGACUGUGCGUCUAACGUCCCGUCAACGCUACUGGCUGCGAAUUAUACCCUCCCGUCCUCUCUCCCGUCCACACUGGCUUGUGGCCGUCUCGACGUUCCCAUGGAUUACUCCCAGCCUAUGACCGAUAACAAUACCAUUACUCUUGGUUUCUCAAUGUAUCGUCCGGAGAACCCUCAGGCCCUCCUCAAUUUCAACCCAGGCGGCCCCGCUGAAGAGGUGUCAUCCUUCGCGUGGCAGGUGGCUCUCAACCUUACAGAUGCUUAUGCGUUUGCCGGCCUGGAAUCCUUUGACUUUCUCGCGAUGGACGUUAGGGGCACCUACUCGUCCAAUCCACUGAACUGCUCCUUAGAGGGAAUCACACUUCCAUCUGGGAUUCCCUCUACUGCAGAAGAUUUUGCGUCCUACCAAGCCUUGGCCACGCAGUACGCGCAGUCCUGCAUAGAAUUGAGUACUCCGACUGGCAUCCUCGCUCAUAUGGCUACGACGGACACCAUCCAAGAUUGGAACAGCGUGAGAGAUGCGCUUGGGUAUGAUACGAUGGACUACCUAGGUGUAUCUUAUGGUUCAUUUGGAGGUGCAAACUAUGCCAACAAAUACCCUGAACACACCGGCCGUUUCGUUCUCGACGCUAUAUUUCCUCCUGGUCUCGGAAACACGGACCUCGUAACGUUCCAAACGGCUGCUCUUAAUCGUCUUCUUCUUCGUGCAGAUGCUUACUGCGCCGACUUUGAUGGCACCUGUCCUUUCAACUCUCAGGGAAAAGGCAGCGUCGUUUCGGCCUUCAGCACUGUCCUCAAUAACGCACAUGCUGGAGCUUACGGAAAUGUUACCGCAGAUGACGUCCGCGCGAUGACCUACAUCGCGUACAUGAAUGGAAACCCAAACUUUCAAGCUUUCAACCAAGCUCUGUUCGCCGCAUCUAACUUGAACGACACCAGUGGCUUCGACUAUUCUACUAUCGCCGCCGAAUAUACUGCGGGUUUCUUCGUUGUCUUGCCCAUCAUCUGUUUAGAUGAACACAUCGAUGACAACACUUUCGGUGGAUUCCAGGCUAUGAGGGAGGCUGCCGCAUUGGCUGAUACCUACAAUAUGAGCUAUAUACAGGACGCGACCCUCAUUGCCUUGUGUGGAGGGUGGCCUUUGGCUACGAACAACAAUGGGACUGGACAGCUACCAACCAACACCUCCCUCUUGCUUGUCACCUCGGAUUUCGACCUCAAUACCCCGACUGAAUCGUCAAAUUUUGAAUGGACACAAGCCCCUAACUCUAUCUUCGUCGUCCGUCACGGAGACGAUCAUGGCACGAUUUCUGUUCCCGGUCCUGCCAGGGAUGCCGAGAUAGAGUUCCUUACGACGGGAAGUGUCUCUCCAUCGUCGAACGAGUCACUCGCUACGGUCAACUAUCCUGGAGACGUCAGGGCUGCCAUUCCUGAUCCUUAUGCGGUACCGCCUGGGACCGUGGCGGGAGACGUCAAUAUCAAUGGAACUCUUGUUUGA